UUGCAGGGAUUCAUGGAGUCAGACGCUGGUAUCAACAAAACAGCGGUUACUGAGUUCAUACUUCUGGGCCUAGUGGAAUCAGAACAGUUUCAGUUUGUGGUCUUUAUACUCUUCCUGUUUGCCUAUGUGGUUACAGUUGGGGGCAACCUCAGCAUCUUGUCAGCCAUCUUGAUGGAGCCCAAACUCCACACCCCCAUGUACUUCUUCCUGGGGAACCUGUCAGUGCUGGAUGUUGGAUGUAUCACUGUCACAGUUCCUCCUAUGUUGAAUCGUCUCCUCUCCCACAAACGUGCAAUUUCCUAUGAAGCUUGCCUCUCACAACUUUUCUUCUUCCACCUUAUGGUUGGAAUGGACUGCUUCCUGUUGACAGCCAUGGCCUAUGACCGUUUCCUGGCCAUCUGUCAGCCCCUCACCUAUAACACCCGCAUGAGCCAGGAAAUCCAGAGGAUAUUAGUGGUUGUGUCUUGGGCUUGUGCUCUCAGCAAUGCACUGACCCACACUAUUGCCCUCUCUACUCUCAACUUCUGUGGUCCCAAUGAGGUCAAUCAUUUCUACUGUGACUUACCACAGCUCUUCCCGCUCUCCUGCUCUAGCACCCAACUCAAUGAGCUGUUACUCUUUGGUUUGGGCUUCAUAAUGGGAGGUUCCCCUGUGGUUCUCAUCAUCAUCUCCUACACCCAUGUGACAGCUGCAGUUCUACGAAUCCGUUCAGUGGAAAGCAGGAAGAAGGCUUUCUCCACAUGUGGCUCCCACCUCACUGUAGUUUGCCUCUUCUAUGGGACAAGUAUCUUCAACUACAUGCGCCUGGGUUCAGAGACGGCUUCAGACCAGGAUAAAGGGGUUGGGGUCUUCAACACUGUCAUCAAUCCCAUGCUGAACCCAGUCAUCUACAGCCUUAGAAACUCUGAUGUUCAAGGUGUUUUGUGGCGGAUACUUAGAGGGAGGUGGUCACUAACCUGA